AUGAGUUUUAAAGUUUGUCGUCGACUUAACCUAGAUUCAACACAAGGACCACAAGUUCAAAGCCGCCAAUCAGGUGAAUGGAUCUUUGGUUGCGAUCAACAAAUGGACAUUGCCGGUGGCGGUAUGCGCCAAUCGCGAACAGAUUGGAGUCCUCCGUGCACUGCUUACGCCAAAGGACCGAUUGCUUCGACAAAAGUUGAUCAAAUCGGAUAUUUUGGCAAAUGCACACAUAAUGUACAGAUCAAUAAUAACAACAGUCCACCAUAUGUCACCCUGAGCGUUGGUGCAACACGAGGUGGGUGGUUUGGACCAGGUGCAUCGUGCAAAUAUGCCGUUUCAUAUAAAUUGAUUUAA